UUCAUUUACAUAAGGUCAUAACCUCAUUUUAGAGAGAGAGAGAGAGAAAGAGAACUCAGGAGAGAGAGAGAGAGAGAGAGAGAGCGCAUGUUUCAUCAAAUUUUCCCGGAAAAUCUGGGAGAAACGUCGAUCCAGAUAAAGAGAAAGCAGCCAAACCUAUCAUCAAGUCUUUCUCACGCCCUACGCACUUAGAUCUAGAUGGAAAGAGAGAUUCGGAGUCGAAAUUGCAUAGGGAUUUACAGUGAGCUUUGCUGCCACAACGAUGCGAAUCGCGUAGAUCAGACCAACUGCAAUGGCCGGUAUCCGACGAGUUCGCCGUCUCGUUCUCCUUCUCCAUCUUCUUCCGCGGCGGUGCUUCCGGUUUCGUCGGCGCCGCUGCCUUCUUCGCCUCCGCCCGCCGUCGGUUACAUCGAACAUCCCGUCUCCAAAUUGGACACUCUCGCCGGCGUCGCCAUCAAAUACGGUGUCGAGGUUGCCGACAUAAAAAAGAUGAAUGGUCUCGUCACAGAUCUUCAAAUGUUUGCCCUAAAGUCUAUUCAGAUUCCACUACCUGGGAGGCACCCUCCUUCUCCUUGUCUAUCAAACGGUUCCAGUACACCAGGACCAAGCAGUUCUGGCCGUACCCCACCACAACGGAUGCACCGUGAUCUGUUCGGAUCAUUCCAGUCCCUAAGAGUUAGCAAGUCUCCUCCACAGCAUGUUUCACCAGCCAUGAGCUCUUUACAAGGUUAUUAUGGUCUUAAGCCAACAAAUAGAAACCCUAGCUCUGAAGCUAUUGAAAUGGCAGUCUACAGAAAAGAACUUCCAAAUUAUUUAGACGAUGGCGUAUUUACUGGAAUUUCAGACCCAGCUUUGAGCCAUCAUAGGAAGUCAAAAUGCUUGGUCAACGGAUUUUCAGAGAACGGUGAAAUUACUAAUACUACUACGCCUGUUGUUGAAGCUAGGGAUGGCGAGUCUGACAAGUGGAGCGAGAAACUCAUUAGAAGGCGUCAGAAAUCUGAAGCCGACUUUUCUCGAACCCCUGAAAUGCUGUUGGAAGAUAAUAGUGGUAGUGGUGGUGGGUUUUCGGCAAUAACAGGAAAACACUUGGCUCUUAGGCCCAAAGCGGGCAGCCGAACUGCCAUGGCAACCGAUGUUGAAGCCAGUGGAUUGAAUCAGAUACCAGUUGGACUUGGAGAUUCUUUUGUAACUGAUGGGUUUUCUGGAGUAAGAAAGUCGUCAAGUACACCAAGUUUACAGGAUCCAGACAGUAGUAAUUCUAUAUCGAUCCGAUCAGCAUCUAAGUGGAGUUUGAAACCAGAUAUACAAGGCUUUUCAACUGGAGCCAUUGCCAAACCAAUAUUUGAUGGCUUGCCAAAGCCAAUUACAGGUCGAAGAAGCAAAGCGGCACUUGAUUAAUUAUAAAUUAUUCACAAUUUUUUUUUUCUUUGACGAGCCUUGCAGAACCAGCUCGCUGAGUAAAUAGAAAGAGAAGUGAAAAAGGAAACAACAAAAUUAAA